UCCUGGUCUCCCUCCCCCUCCCCUCUCCGGCUCUAGCGGUGCGUGCUGGCCGGCCGGGCGAGGAGGCGGGACACGUCGGCGCUGCCACCGCCGCCGCCGCUUGCUGCCCCUCCUCCUGUUCCAGCUGCCGCCGCCGCCGCCGCCGCCGCUGCCGCUGCCGCUUCCUGGGCUGAGUCUGCCCGCGGUCCGGGCGGCGCCAGGUGCGUUCACUCUGCCCGGCUUCAGCCAGCGUCCGCCGCCGCUGUAGCUUUCCCGGUCUUCCCGCCCCGCUGCCGAGAUGGCGACGCGCUCCUGCCGGGAAAAGGCUCAGAAGCUGAACGAGCAGCACCAGCUCAUCCUCUCCAAGCUUCUGAGGGAGGAGGACAACAAGUACUGCGCCGACUGUGAGGCCAAAGGUCCUCGAUGGGCUUCCUGGAAUAUUGGUGUGUUUAUUUGCAUCAGAUGUGCUGGAAUUCAUAGAAAUCUUGGGGUUCAUAUAUCCAGGGUCAAAUCAGUCAACCUAGACCAAUGGACAGCAGAACAGAUACAGUGCAUGCAAGAUAUGGGAAAUACUAAAGCAAGACUACUCUACGAAGCCAAUCUUCCAGAGAACUUUCGAAGACCACAGACAGAUCAAGCAGUGGAAUUUUUCAUCAGAGAUAAAUAUGAAAAGAAGAAAUACUACGAUAAAAAUGCUAUAGCUAUUACAAAUAUUUCCUCCUCUGAUGCUCCUCUUCAGCCUUUGGUGUCCUCUCCUUCUCUGCAAGCUGCUGUUGACAAAAAUAAAUUGGAGAAAGAAAAGGAAAAAAAAAAGGAAGAGAAAAAGAGAGAAAAGGAGCCAGAAAAGCCGGCAAAACCACUUACAACUGAAAAGCUACAGAAGAAAGAAGAUCAGCAACUGGAACCUAAAAAAAGUAGCAGCCCUAAAAAAACUGUGGAGCCCACUGUGGAUCUUUUAGGACUUGAUGGCCCUGCUGCAGCACCAGUGACUAACGGGAACACCACAGUGCCAGCCCUGAACGAUGAUCUGGACAUCUUUGGACCGAUGAUUUCUAAUCCCUUACCUGCAACUGUCAUGCCCGCAGCUCAGGGGACAGCCUCUGCAUCAGCAGCUGCAAGCCUGUCUACAGUAACAUCUGGGGAUCUGGAUCUAUUCACUGAGCAGACUACAAAAUCAGAAGAAGUGGCAAAGAAACAACUUUCCAAAGACUCCAUCUUAUCUUUGUAUGGCACAGGAACCAUUCAACAGCAAAGUACUCCUGGUGUGUUUAUGGGACCCACAAAUAUACCAUUUACCUCACAAGCACCAGCUGCAUUUCAGGGUUUUCCAUCGAUGGGUGUACCUGUGGCUGCAGCUCCUGGCCUUAUAGGAAACGUGAUGGGGCAGAGUCCAAGCAUGAUGGUGGGCAUGCCCAUGCCCAACGGGUUUAUGGGAAAUGCACAAACUGGUGUGAUGCCACUUCCUCAAAACGUUGUUGGCCCCCAAGGAGGAAUGGUGGGACAAAUGGGUGCACCUCAGAGUAAGUUUGGCCUGCCGCAAGCUCAGCAACCCCAGUGGAGUCUCUCACAGAUGAAUCAACAAAUGGCUGGCAUGAGUAUCAGUAGUGCAACCCCUACUGCGGGUUUUGGCCAGCCCCCCAGCACAACAGCAGGAUGGUCUGGAAGCUCAUCGGGUCAGACUCUCAGCACACAACUAUGGAAAUGAAAACUGCAAUACAAGUUUCAUCCAGAACUACCACCUGACAUUCCUUGCUAAAAUGCAUCUAGUUCCCGUUUAUUCAUAUACAUAUUUUUUUUCCUUUUUACCUAUUCAUAUUAAGAAUGAUCUGAUUGACCGUGUUGGUCUGUACUGAUUAAAUUUGAUGUGGUGAAAAGCAGGUUGAUAAACCAUUUUAUGUCAAGGGCAGCUUUGUUCAUAUUUCCCAUGAUUUCAUAUACUGCAUUACUUGAGAAGCUGCUCGUCAACUUGCAAAAUCAGUUUUCCUCUCAAUAAAAUUAUAGCUCUAAUGUUUGCCUAUAAGGGAAGUAGUUAUCAUGUUAGUAAUGCCUCUAACAGUAUAAACCCCAUCCCCAAAUUAGCCAGUAAUCCUGUAGGAAGGUACUGUAUGAUCAAAUGUUUAAUCAUAUAAAUAGAAUGUAAAUGUCUCACUGAGCACUGUUUUCUAGUGUAUCAAAAAUUCUUUUAUUUCAUCAUUCACUUCACUGUGCUGUUGUUAUGAUGUGCUUAACAGGGAACGUGGUUAGUGAAAGGAAGAUAAACCUGGAUGUUACUCCAAAACUUAGUUUAAUGAAUGUUUAAAGAAUUCAAAUUUUAUCUGCCUUUUGUGUAAUUUGGAUCUCUUCUUAAUGUACAUAGUGCUAACAUGAAGACCUUUUUCUGCACUAUAUGCAAACAGGGUAACUAAAACAAAGCCACUUUGAAUCCUUGAAGGUAUAUCCAGGUUUAUGACAGUAAUUGUGUUUACAUUUUAUGGUGCCUAGUAUUGAUAAAAUGUUAUUUCCCUAUAUUAAACAGAUGAAUCCAUAGA